AUGCCCGGGGCUCGGGACCGAGGCAAAGCCCGGGCGAGAUGGCUGGGCGCUGGGCUCUUGGGUCUUUUCCUGCUGCCCUUGUCCCUGUCCCUGGAGGUCUCUGUGGGAAAGGCCACCACCAUCUAUGCUGUCAACGGCACGGAGAUUCUGCUGCCCUGCACCUUCUCCAGCUGCAUUGGCUUCCAUGACCUCAGCUUCUGGUGGACCUAUAACAGCACUGACACAUUCAAGAUGCUCUUAAACGGGACUGUGAAGAAUGAGAAGUCUGACCCCAAGGUAAAGUUGAAAAACGAUGACCGCAUCACCCUGGUGGGCUCCAUUAAGGAGAAGAUGAACAACAUUUCCAUUGUGCUGAAGUACCUGGAGUUCAGCGACACAGGCAAAUACACCUGUCAUGUGAAGAACCCCAGGGAAAACGGUCUCCAACAGAACGCCACUGUCUUCCUCCAAGUCGUCGAUAAACUGGAGGAAGUGGACAACACGGUGACACUCAUCAUCCUGGCCGUCGUGGGCGGAGUCAUCGGGCUCCUCAUCCUCAUCCUGCUGAUUAAGAAGCUUGUCACCUUCAUCCUCAAGAAGACUCAGGAGAAAAAGAAAGAGUGUCUCGUGAGUUCCUCCGGGAAUGACAACACAGAGAAUGGGUUGCCUGGCUCCAAGGCAGAAGAGAAACCACCCACAAAAGUGUGAGCCCCUGCUUCGGGCCACGCAGCCACAGGGAGCCUCACUUUCUCAUGAUGAAGCUGAUGCUUGAGCCCUGUCCGUAGAACCCACGUGCCUAAGACAUCUGCUGCUUGGCUCAAACUGUAGUCUUUCCAGGCAGGGAGAAACUGAGGUCCUGCCCAGCCUGCCCCACUCCUUCCCCAGCCAGGGCUUCCCAGGGACAAGGGCCAGAAGGGGGAGCGGCCUGUGGAAAGUUCAGGAAAGGAAAAGGAGGGGCU